UACAUAUCUUCCAAAUCAGCUUAGCAUAAUCUUCUUUUGUUACAAGCAAUGGCUUCGAAGCUGACAUGCUCUAUUUUAAUGAUAUGUCACCUUGUUCUUCUUCCUUUGUUCAUAUAUCCUUCCUUUGCAGAUAGUCUCCCAUCGGAUCCGGUCUCCCCCGGAUCCGUUUGCAAGUCCACCCCAGACCCUUCUUAUUGCAGAUCCGUGUUACCAAAUCAAACCACCAAUGUGUACAACUAUGGGCGUUUCUCUGUUCGUAAGUCUCUGUCGCAAUCCAGGAAAUUCGUUAACUUGGUCGAGAAGUACUUACGGAAGUACCGCCAAUCGGUAUCCGUGUCCGCCAUUCGUGCUUUGGAGGAUUGCCGGUUUCUAGCUGACCUCAACAUGGAUUUCUUGUUGAGCUCUUUUAAGACCGUGAAUGCCACUAGUUCAACUCUGUCCAAUGUCGAAGCUGACGACGUACAAACUUUUUUGAGUGCUAUUUUAACUAAUCAGCAGACCUGUUUGGACGGCUUACAAUCAACUUCUUCAGCUUGGAGCAUAAGGAAUGGCAUCUCGGUUCCUCUCACAAAUGACACAAAGCUUUACAGUGUUUCGUUGGCUCUUUUUACUAGAGGAUGGGUUCCUAAGAGGAAGAAGAAGGCUACGUGGCAGCCUAGUAGCAGCAAGCAACUAGGCUUUAAACAUGGGCGUUUGCUUAUGAGAAUGUCGAGCCGAGCACGCUCGAUUUAUGAGACUGUAAGCCGAAGAAAGCUUCUUCAAACGAACAACACUGAUGAAGAGGUCUUGGUGAGUGAUAUUGUGACGGUGAGUCAGGAUGGUAGUGGGAAUUUCACUACCAUCAAUGAUGCUAUAUCUGCGGCUCCAAAUAACACCAAUGGUGCAAAUGGUUACUUUGUAAUUUACAUCACUGCUGGUGUCUAUCAAGAGUACGUUUCAAUUGCUAAGAACAAAAAGUACUUGAUGAUGAUUGGUGAUGGUAUCAAUCAGACAAUCAUCACUGGAAACCGUAGUGUUGUCGACGGAUGGACAACAUUUAAUUCUGCAACUUUUGCUGUGGUGGCUCCAAACUUUGUUGCGAUAAACAUGACAUUUCAGAACACAGCUGGGGCAAUCAAGCACCAAGCAGUCGCACUUAGAAAUGGAGCCGAUUUAUCAGCAUUUUAUAGCUGUAGUUUUGAAGGAUAUCAAGAUACGCUAUACACUCAUUCCUUAAGGCAGUUCUACAGAGAUUGUGAUAUCUACGGCACCGUUGAUUUCAUAUUUGGAAAUGCCGCGGUAGUUCUUCAGAACUGCAACAUAUACCCUCGACAACCAAUGAGCGGUCAAUUCAAUGCCAUCACAGCACAAGGCCGUACUGAUCCUAACCAAAACACAGGCAUAUCGAUUCAUGACUGCAAUAUCAUGCCCGCUGAUGAUCUAGCCUCUAGCAAUACCACAUUCAAAACGUAUUUGGGGAGACCAUGGAAGGAGUAUUCGAGGACUGUAUACAUGCAGAAUUUCAUGGGCAGUUUGAUAGAUCCUGCUGGUUGGAGAGAAUGGAACGGGGAUUUUGCACUUAGUACAUUGUACUAUGCCGAGUACGACAAUAGUGGACCGGGUUCGAACACUUCGAGUCGGGUCACAUGGUCUGGUUAUCAUACGAUUAAUGCUACUGAUGCUGCUAAUUUUACAGUGUCGGGAUUCUUGUUGGGAAACGAUUGGUUACCGAAUACGGGAGUGCCUUACACCGCAAGCUUACUAGCAUGAGCAACUAAUUGGCAAAUGAAAAAUUCGUUCUUUUUUUUUUUUUAAAUUGAUUUUUAGAUUAUAUAAUAAAUGUAAACUUAAGCAUGCAAUAUCCUCGUAAGUGUAAUGUUUACAGCUUACGUUAACUGAUACCAAUAAUUUCAAAUUUUAAAAGAGAACAAGACUGCUAUAAGUCUAUUUCGAUCA